AUGGCGACUCUCAACGCGUAUCGAAUUCGAAAAAUCGAAUCACUUGGCAAGAUGACCCAGCUCACUCAAGAAGAGAUAUUGGCUGGAGCGAAGACCGUGCUUCAAGGCCUCGAGGCGCUCAAAGAAGAGAACACCACCGUGCGCAAUACUCUCCAAACGAGUAUUAGCUCAAUUCCUCCCGAGCAAUCGACGUUGAUGGGCGAGAAAUGCGCUCUCGUCGAGCAGAAUUUGGAGCGUCUUCAAUUGGGAAUCGACGAGGCUAAGGCUAUGAUGGACUUGGCCCACUAUCUUCAAACCGUUGAGGCCGAGAAGCAAAAAUUGAAAGCACAGGUCCGACGAUUGUGCCAAGAGAACGCGUGGUUGAGGGAUGAGCUUUCAAGCACUCAAACAAAACAUCAAGCUUCGGAACAACGAGUCGCUCAGCUGGAAGAGGAGAACAAGCAUCUCUCUUUCAUGAACUCGAUUCGACAUUUGGAUGAAGAUCAAGCAAACACGAAUGUUCCCGCCAUGGAGCAGCCAAUCGAUCACACCCAACAGACUCGACAAACGAUGGAAGAGCUUGGAUUUGGACCUGAAGAUGAAGAGGAGAUGAAUGCUAGCACUUAUCAUCCAACUCCUGCUAGCGCUAUGGCCGCUUCAGCAAAUGUUGGUUACGAGAUUCCGGCACGGCUGAGAACUCUUCACAAUUUGGUGAUCCAAUACGCUUCACAGGGUCGCUACGAAGUGGCUGUGCCUUUGUGCAAACAGGCUUUGGAAGAUCUUGAAAGAACUUCGGGACACGACCAUCCCGAUGUGGCUACAAUGCUGAACAUCCUUGCCCUUGUCUAUCGUGAUCAGAACAAAUACAAAGAGGCGGCCAACUUGCUCAACGAGGCGCUGGCUAUUAGAGAGAAAUGCUUGGGAGACUCGCAUCCAGCUGUUGCUGCCACUCUCAACAAUUUGGCGGUUUUGUACGGUAAACGGGGCAAGUAUAAAGAUGCCGAGCCACUCUGCAAAAGAGCUUUGGAAAUUCGCGAGAAGGUUCUUGGCAACGAUCAUCCAGAUGUUGCUAAACAACUCAACAAUUUGGCUCUUCUUUGUCAAAAUCAAGGGAAAUACGAAGAAGUUGAACGUUAUUAUAAACGAGCUUUGGAGAUCUACGAGACAAAGCUCGGACCAGAUGAUCCAAAUGUUGGAAAGACAAAGAACAAUCUUAGUAGUGCUUACCUUAAACAAGGCAAGUACAAAGAGGCUGAAGAGCUCUACAAGCAAAUCCUCACUCGGGCUCAUGAGAAACACUUUGGCAAAGUCGGCGAUGACAACAAGACAAUCUGGCAGAUAGCGGAAGACCGCGAAGCAAACAAAGAAAAGGGCACCGCGCAGUUUGCUGAGAUUGGCAACUGGCAUAAAGCAGCCAAAGUUGAUAGCCCAACGGUGACGACAACGCUGAAGAAUCUCGGAGCUCUUUAUAGACGACAAGGGAAAUAUGAAGCCGCUGAGACGCUUGAAGAUGUCGCUUUGAGGGCAAAGAAACAGCAAGUGGAAGCGGCCCAAGAGGCCCGAAUCGACGCGCUUUUGGCGCAAGUGGGCGGAGUACGAAGAACUGAGAAUGAACCCUUGGGUCAUAUUCCGCCAACAAUCGCCGAUGAUAUGGCUCAAUCUGUGACUCAACCAUCUCGUGGAAUGACUACAAGUCAAUCAGCUCAAGGAUUGAAAAACAAAUUGAUGAGUGCAUUCGGAUUUCAAGGA